UGAUUCACCACCGUACCCGUCCAGUCUGUGGCCGGAACACUUUGGUAAACAUGGCGGCGUCAGCAUCUGUAUUCAACCGAAUGCGAACUGAGUCGAAAAUAGGGGCUCAGUAUGACCAAGAAGGGAACCUCAUACAGGUGGAAACCCGAGAGGAUGAAGAGCAAAGCGUCAAACUGGCGGAAAUCCUGGAACUUCUGCUUGCAGCUGGAUACUUUCGAGCCCGCAUCAAAGGGCUGUCACCUUUUGAUAAGGUGGUCGGUGGUAUGACGUGGUGCAUCACCACAUGUAACUUUGACGUUGAUGUUAAUCUUCUUUUCCAAGAAAACUCGACCAUUGGCCAGAGAAUAGCCCUGACAGAGAAAAUAGUUUCUGUUCUGCCUAAGAUGAAGUGUCCUCAUCGCCUGGAGCCCCAUCAAAUUCAAGGAUUGGAUUUUAUUCACAUUUACCCUGUGGUGCAGUGGCUGGUGAAGCGUGCCAUUGAGACGAGGGAAGAGAUGGGAGAUUACGUGCGAGCCUACUCCAUUUCUCAGUUCCAGAGGACCCACACGCUUCCAGAGGAUGAAGAGUUUCUCCAGAAGAAAGACAAGACUAUGAGGGCGAUUCGGGAUGUACUGGAUGUGUACAAGCCACAGAGGAAGUACAGGAGGCAGAGGGAUGCAGGGGAGCUGCUGGAUGAGGAGUCCAGAGUUCACUCCACUCUGCUGGAGUAUGGCAGAAUGUCAGAUUUCCUCCUACGAUAUGGAUUCAAGCAGUCCAAACAAGAUAAGGCAGAAGAGGGGAAGACCUCGCUGGCCACUGGCUCUCAGGCAUCGGCCCCUGGGAUGGCAGAGGUAGCAGAGGAAGACAACCUGCAGGCAGCAGAGGAGAUGCGAAUCAAAGCUCUGAUGACCAGCAUGUCAACCAUGGCAAAUGAAGAGGGGAAGCUGACGGCAAGUGCAGUGGGUCAGAUAGUGGGACUGCAGUCUGAGGAGAUCAAACAGAUAGCCUCAGAGUACGCAGAGAAGCAAUCGGAGUUGUCUACAGACGAGCGUUCAGAGCGAUACGGCCCACUGCAACAGCACCGCAGAAUGGUGGCUUCACUCAACAAGCAGAUCCAGCAGAAGACCAAACAGCUGGAGGAGCUACAAGCCAAGCAUGCGAAGGUGAAAACGGAUUGUGACGAGGCCAAGAGCAAACUGAUGGAGGUUACUGAGCACUCAGAGAAGCUGGAGAAAGAGUUCAAGUCUUUAGAGGGGAUGGAAGAGCAAGCCGACGAUGGCAUGUUGCAGAAGCUGAGGGCUCUGGUGACAAUGAACGAGAACCUGAGGCAGCAGGAGCAGGAGUUCCGCGCACACUGCAGAGAAGAGAUGACCCGUCUGCAGCAGAGCAUUGAGGAGUUGAAAUCGGCAUCAGGACAGGACUCAGAGGAAGAGAAGGACAGAAACCAGCUUAUAGAUAAACAGUACAACACAGACAGAGAGAAACUGCAGAAGAUCCGUCUGCUCAUGGCUCGGAGGAACCGAGAGAUUGCCAUCCUGCAGAGGAGGAUUGACGAGAUUCCGAGCCGGGCCGAGCUGACCCAGUAUCAGAAAAGAUUCAUUGAACUCUAUAGCCAAGUCUCUGCUACGCACAAAGAGACCAAGCAGUUCUUCACUUUGUAUAACACUUUAGAUGAUAAGAAGGUCUAUCUGGAGAAGGAGGUGAAUCUUCUGAAUUCCAUUCAUGACAACUUCCAGCAAGCCAUGUCUUCUUCAGCUGCCAAGGAGCAGUUCCUCAGACAGAUGGAACAAAUAGUGGAGGGAAUCAAACAGAGCCGCAUCAAGAUGGAGAAGAAGAAGCAGGAGAACAAAAUGAGGAGAGAUCAGCUGAACGAUGAAUACCUGGAGCUGCUGGACAAACAGAGGCUGUACUUCAAAACCGUCAAGGAAUUUAAAGAGGAAUGUCGCAAAAACGAGAUACUCCUGUCCAAGCUGAGAGCUAAAGGAACUUCCUGAUGUUACUGUCAGCAGGUUUUAUGUAAGGAGAAACAUAGUGUAUAAUCUGAAUGAGCUAAAGUGAUCAUUGAUGCAUUCCAUGUCAUUGUUUAUGUCUAACGGAUUCGUUAACACACUUAGGAUUUGGGUUCUAAACCCCUGGAAAUUCCUUUGACACUGGGCUCCGAAUACGUCCCACAUCCUGCAGACGCAUGAAUCUAAAUACAUUUCUUUGGAAAGUCUGGUUUUGAUUACAUUCUCCGUAACAAUGCCAAUAAAAACAAACCACCAUCAAUGCCCCCAUUCUCACGAUGUGGAGCUGCAACAGAAAAGAGAGUCCCAUAACUUUUAAAUGUUUCCUUUGCUAAUAAUGCCUCUCUUACACGUCUCUAAUGUUCUUACUCUCUGUCACCAUCCAAUGACCAUGUAUGACCAAGGUAAUGAAUAAAAUAAUAUUUUGAAAAGCC